CGUGAAACCGUCGACGACUUGUCGCAUGCAGCAGCGAGCCGAGACGGCGGCGUUGGCCGCAUGCCACUCGACGUUGGCCAAACGCGGCCUCGUGCCCAAAGAUGCGCGGGCAACGUUCCUCGCGGGCACGGCCGAGCUCAUGGACCAUUUGCGCAAAACGAUUGCGGCCACGUACGUGCGCGAGGAGAACGCAGUGCGCGUGCAGGACUGGCGCGACCGCAUCAUGGUCGACUUGCGCAAGAAGUCGCUGUCGUCCGACACGCGCCGCGUCUACGGCGACGUCUUGGACCGCGCAGAAACCGAGAUGCGCGACCUCCUCGAUGCGACCUGUAGCCGCGCCGUCGAGACUCUCUCGCCGGUCGUCGACCACGUAGCGUUCAACAUGCGCCGGCAGUGCGAGUACCUGAACGCGGCCGUGAGCUUGGACAUCGAGCGCCACGCAGACGCCCAAUCGGCCAUUCUCGAGUCCAAAGACAAGGAGAUGCAAGCGCUGCAAAGUGAGGUCACGCGCGUCCACGGUCGGCUGCGCGCUCUGGAGGCGACACCGGACGUCGGCGACGCGACACUCUGCAACGAGCUCCGGCAGCGCUGCAAGGACUUGGAGGCGACGCAGUGCUCUCUUCACGGACAAGCGCAGGCGACCGAGACCGCUCUCCGCGCAGCGCAACGCACAAUAUUGCGCCUCGAGUCGGAGCUGCACACCCUCUCCGCGACGUUCGAGCUCACAAAAACCAUGUACAAGAAGGAGACGACGCAGCUCAUGGCGGCGAUUCGGCAGGCGCCGACAACAACAACGACGACGACGACGACGAGCCCGACCAAGUACGACCCCAACUCGAUGCGCACACUAUGCUUUGCCGCGCCCGAGUCACCGACGCGGCCCAAGUCGUCGUCCUCGCCGCGCCGCGCGAUGGCGACUUCCGUCCGCUUUGGCACAGAUCCGCCGCCCCGGGGCGUCGUGACGCGCCCCCAUGUACUCUUUGCGACUCAAGAGACGACACAUAGGAGCUGAACAUGUAUGCCGACGCGCCUCCUCUUGUUGCACCUACGAGAGUGAAUGCAAACCUGAGCUUCUCGAG